AUGCACCCGAGGCUGCAGGCAAUUUCUUGCCUCGUUGUGCCACUAGGGGCAGUUACGAUUCAUGUGCCGUCUCGCACCGGCCAGCGUUGGCGGCAAAUGUGCCGUGAGGAGCAAGUCCAGGAGGGGCAAAUGCUGUCUGGUCUCAUCAGAGCGCGGCAGGAGCUCUUGGACGAAGUGGCCUCGGAGGUUGUGGACAAGGUGCCUAGCCGUCCAGACACCCUGCAGCCGUCGGAGCGCAUCCCGGAAAGCUGCAGGUUCGAUGCUGAUGCUCUGGAUGGUGCUCUCGAGAUCUUCGGAUUUGCAGGCAACGAGAUCGAGUGCCCGGAUUUGUUCAUGAAAGCAGUUGUUACCUACGCGCGACACCUCAUCGCCCAGCGAAGUCUUCACGAGUAUGAUAUCAUGCACGAAGUCAUCCGUGCAGAGACCGCCGCUUGA